AUGUUUUACAAGAUAAUUAACUACGUGGAUGGAGGAUCUUGCGGUAACUUGGGGGAGGUUGGGGGAGGGGGUAUUCUUCGGGAUAAUAAUGGUGAUGUACUUGGGGGGUUCGCACAUGCAUAUGGUGAUGCCACUAAUACCAUUGCUGAAUGUAGAGCCUUGUAUGAUGGACUUCGGUUAUGUCGGCAAUUAAAUUUAAGGGAUGUGUUGGUUGAGUCAGAUUCUACGGUUAUUGUUGGUUGGUUAGCUUCCUGGAUAUGCAAGUAUUGGUUCCUUUGGGAUUUUUGGGAGGAAGUGACAAGCAUGGUACGUGAGCUCAAUGCUCGAUUUCGUCAUAUAUAUGGAGAAGCUAAUAUGGUGGCAGAUGUUUUGGCAAAGCAGCGAGCUCAAGGGUUGACAUCAGAUUUUUUUGAUAGUCUUCCAUUCAAGGGUGUAUUCGGGGAUUAA